AACUCUCUGUCCUGGUUCCUUCAGGUAAGGAGCUGCUCUCUGGCCAGGAGCCAGCUUCCGUCUCAGGCACUCUCCUGGCGGCUGUGUAGUGGUUCCAUUUUGCUGCCCCACACUCUGUGCCAGGUCUUUCCGCUCUUCCAAGCUCUGGGCGCGAAUGGGCUCCUCAUCGAGUAUGAGGACAUGUUUCCCUACGACGGCCACCUGCAGCUGCUGAGGGCCAAGCAUGCAUACAGCCCUGCAGAAAUCGGCGAGAUUCUGCAUCUGGCCACUCGGCAUGGGCUGGAGGUCAUACCCCUGGUGCAGACAUUCGGCCACAUGGAGUUCGUGCUGAAGCACAAGGCUCUGGCGCAUCUCCGGGAAGUGCCGCUGUUCCCCAACACCCUGAAUCCCCACGAGGCUGAAUCCCAGGCACUGGUGGCGGCCAUGGUACAGCAGGUGCUGCAGCUGCACCCAGGCGCUCGCUGGCUCCACCUGGGCUGUGACGAGGUCUACUACCUCGGGGAGGGCGAGGCCUCGAGGCGGUGGCUGCAGCAGGAACACAACAGCAAAACACAGCUGUGCUUGUCCCACGUGAAGGCGGUGGCCAGCCAUGUGCUGGCCCAGCACCCCACCACGACGCCCCUCGUGUGGGACGACAUGCUGCGGGACAUCCCCGAGGGCCAGCUCUCAGCCUCCGGAUUGCCGCAGCUGGUGGAGCCAGUGCUCUGGGACUACGGGGCCGACCUCGACGUCCAUGCCAAGGCCCUUCUUGUGGAGAAGUACCGCAAAUGCGGUUUUGCCCGCCUGUGGGCCGCCAGCGCCUUCAAGGGGGCCACCGGGGCCAGCCAGGCGCUGACCCCCAUUGAGCAUCACCUGAGGAACCACGUGCAGUGGCUGCAGGUGGCAGCUCACGCGCCUGCCCACGCACUGCAGGGCAUCGUGCUGACAGGCUGGCAGAGGUACGACCACUUCUCCGUGCUGUGCGAGCUCCUGCCUGUGGGCAUCCCGUCUCUGGCCGUGUGUCUGCAGACACUCCUGCAUGGCGGCUUUGCUGAAGAUGCCAGAGCAAGAGUGGAGACCUUCCUUGGGACCCCAAGCCUGGAACUCACGGGCCUCGCAGGGGAGGGGGCUGGCUCUUUCCCUGGCAGCGACAUCUUGGCCCUCAUCAGCCAAGUGAGCCUUCACCUGUGCAGUUCCGUGGACACCCUGCUGGAGAAGGACCGGUAUGUGACAGGCUGGUUCAGCCCCUACCACCGCAGGCGGAAGCUCAUCCACCCAGUCAUGAUCCGGCACAUUCAGCCCCAGGCACUCAGCCUGCUGGCCAGGUGGGAGACCGUGGUGCAGGAACUGGAGGCCGCCCUGCAGCGUGUCUUCUACCCGGACGCCGUGGAGGAGUGGCUGGAGGAGAACGUGCGGCCCAGCCUGCAGCGUUUGCAGAUGCUUCUUCAGGACCUGGGCGAGGCUGCAGCCCAGGGGGCGGAUGCUGGGCCCUGAGGGAGAAGGCAGGACCCAGGGACUGGCGCCACCCAUGUCCCCUCUCCCUCCUCUCAGCAUCGCAGCCCAGAAGACAGCACUGCAUUUUGUACUUUAUUUUAGGGAAAAAGCAUCGUACCUAGCCGUUCAAAA